UUGGCCCCCUCCUUCCGGUCGGCUUCAGCGCCAACGCGGAGGUCUCCGCCCCUCGCACCUUUUUUUUUUCUUUUUCCUCGUAUUGUGCCGACUGCGCAUGUGUCAGUGGUCGCAGACACCUUGUGAAAUGAGCGAUUCAGAAGACGAUGACAUACCCCAGCUUUCUUCCCACACCUUAGCAGCUCUGCAGGAGUUUUAUGCUGAGCAGAAGCAAACCAUCAACCCAGGAGGGGAUGAUAAAUACAACGUUGGGGUGAUAGAGGAGAACUGGCAGCUGAGCCAGUUCUGGUACAGUCAGGACACUGCUUUGAGACUUGCACAGGAAGCUAUCAAUGCUGCGGGAGAAGGCGGCAGAAUCGCAUGUGUGAGUGCGCCCAGUGUAUACCAGAAGCUCCGGGAGCUUCGUAGGGAGGACAUCUCUGUAUGCAUCUUUGAAUACGACAGAAGAUUCGCCAUAUACGGGGAUGAGUUUAUCUUCUAUGACUACAAUAGUCCCCUGGACUUGCCUGAGGGAGUCGCCCCGAGUAGCUUUGACAUUGUGGUUGCAGACCCCCCUUACCUGUCUGAGGAGUGUCUCAGGAAGACAUCUGAAACCAUCCAGUUCCUGACUCGGGGCAAGAUUCUGCUGUGCACAGGCGCCAUCAUGGAGGAGCAGGCAGCUCAGCUCCUGGGUGUGAAGGUGUGCAAGUUUAUUCCAGAACAUUCCCGAAACUUGGCCAAUGAGUUCCGCUGUUAUACGAACUAUGACUCGGGGCUGGACUGUGAAGCCUAGAGUCACAUGGCAGCAUCCAGCGAGGGCCCCACAUCCAUUUCCCAGUUCUCUUCCUGUUGAACGUCGUGACCUCCCCCUCGCUCUGCCACGACUGGGACUCCCAUGGCUUCAAAAUAAAAUAAAACUUCUCAUUGCUGAUUCUA